ACGAACUACGUCGUUUAGCUUAUCAAUGCAUAUCAGCGACUCGGAUCCCCAAUUCACUAUCCAUUUUCGACCGACCUGUAAACCUUAGCCCCUCAUCGGCGAUUCUCGUCACCGCCUCCGCCCAGCCGCCCUCCGUCGAUUCUCUCUCAUUGUGCCGCCUCCGAGUCGCGAACGCCGUCUGCCCGUAUCCGGCCUCAUCUUCUCCGUCCUUCCAGACAAAUCCAGUCGGUCACAGCCCACAGGUUUCAUAUUGGCAAAGAAGAUGGCGAAUUUCACAGCACUAUUUCGGAGGUUAAGUAUCAAAGAGUUGGCGUCAAAUGCACCUGUCUACAGCUCUGGCCGUGAUGCGUCCGGAGAGGGAUUGAGCUUAGUCCUCAGACGCUGGGCUACGAAAAAGACAGCAGGAUCUACAAAAAAUGGGCGCGACUCAAAACCAAAGAAUCUUGGGGUGAAGAAAUUUGGGGGAGAGAGGGUUAUACCUGGAAACAUCAUUGUUCGUCAAAGAGGAACCCGUUUUCAUCCUGGAGAUUAUGUUGGACUUGGUAAAGAUCACACGCUCUUUGCAUUGAAAGAAGGGUGCGUCAAGUUUGAGCGCAACAAGCUGACUGGACGCAAGUGGGUCCAUGUUGUGCCAAAAGACGGUUAUCUUCUUCACCCCAUAUACGCUACAUCUGCUGCGGCUCCUGAGAUGAAGACAGCUACUUAGGCUUUGUUUUGUAGCCUCAUUCAUCUUAUUCUGCUUAUAAAAAAUCAACAUUUGACUUGUUGGUUGCAUCGGGUGAUAUCAAGAUUCAACUGUUUAAACAGAAUAACCUUUUUCUCCAGCGGCCUGUAGAUUUCUGUCACAUUUCUAUUCGUUGCUAAUUCUGAUUUUCAGAAUCAUUUGUUUCAAAAUUACUGGCGUAUUUGAUUUUGGAGAAUCAAGGAGUCGAUUACUUCUGAAAAUUUAAUGCAAGAUUUUGCUUAUUUUGGGAUGAAAAAAAUGCAGAAUUAGUUU